GAGAUCGACUUCUCAGAGCUUGUUCUGGAGGAAAUCAUUGGCAUAGGGGGCUUCGGAAAAGUGUAUCGAGCUGUAUGGAUAGGAGAUGAGGUUGCUGUCAAGGCAGCUCGCUAUGACCCUGAUGAGGACAUCAGCCAGACCAUUGAGAAUGUCCGCCAAGAGGCCAAGCUCUUUGCAAUGUUAAAGCACCCCAACAUCAUUGCCCUCAGGGGCGUGUGUUUGAAGGAACCUAAUCUUUGCUUGAUCAUGGAGUUUGCCCGUGGAGGAUCACUAAAUAGAGUGUUGUCUGGUAAAAGGAUACCUCCUGACAUACUAGUGAACUGGGCAGUACAGAUUGCAAGGGGAAUGAACUACCUGCACGAGGAAGCAAUUGUUCCCAUAAUUCACCGUGACCUGAAGUCCAGCAACAUACUGAUACUCGAAAAGGUGGAAAAUGGAGAUCUGAGCAACAAGAUAUUGAAGAUCACGGAUUUCGGCUUGGCCAGGGAAUGGCAUAAAACUACCAAAAUGAGCGCAGCUGGGACAUAUGCCUGGAUGGCUCCUGAGGUCAUCCGCUCCUCCAUGUUCUCCAAAGGCAGCGAUGUGUGGAGUUACGGCGUGCUGCUUUGGGAACUGCUAACAGGAGAAGUACCAUUCCGAGGAAUUGAUGGUCUUGCCGUAGCAUAUGGUGUUGCCAUGAAUAAACUUGCCCUUCCAAUCCCUUCCACGUGUCCAGAGCCUUUUGCCAAACUCAUGGAAGAUUGCUGGAACCCUGACCCACACUCACGACCUUCCUUUGCCAGUAUCCUAGACCAUCUCACCGCCAUAGAAGAGUCUGGUUUCUUUGAAAUGCCCAAAGAUUCCUUCCACUCCUUGCAGGAAGACUGGAAACAAGAGAUCCAAGAGAUGUUUGAUCAGCUCAGAGCCAAAGAAAAGGAGCUGCGCACAUGGGAAGAAGAGCUGACCCGUGCUGCUGUUGAACAGAAGAACCAUGAGGAGUUGCUACGAAGGCGGGAACAGGAGCUGGCAGAACGUGAGAUUGACAUCCUGGAAAGGGAGCUCAACAUCAUCAUCCACCAGCUGUGUCAGGAGAAGCCUCGGGUGAAGAAACGCAUGGGGAAGUUCAAGAGGAGUCGGCUCAAGUUAAAAGAUGGCAAUCAUAUCAGCCUGCCUUCAGAUUUCCAGCAUAAAUUCACUGUGCAGGCUUCUCCAACGAUGGAUAAAAGGAAAAGCUUGAUCAGUAGCUGCUCCAGUCCUCCUGCAAGUCCUACCAUUAUUCCCAGACUCAGGGCCAUACAGUUGGCUCCUGCUGAAAGCAGUAAAACAUGGGGACGAAGCUCAGUCCUUCCAAAGGAGGAAGGGGAGGAAGAAGAGAAGAGAGGCCAGAAGAAAAAGGGACGCACUUGGGGACCAAGCUCACUUUGUCACAAGGAGCUAGGUGCAGGAGAAGAUGGUCUGAAAGCUCUGGUAGAAGGAUACAAACAGUGGUCAUCCAGUGCACCGAACCUUGGGAAGAUCCAGAGAACUGCGCCUGCUUUUCCAGGAUUCACCAGCUUAGCAGAGAUGGAUGAUGAAGACAGCGAAUGUCUGAAUGGGGAGGGCAAAGUGCACCCUUCACCUGGCCACAAUCAGUCAUACCUCUGCAUCCCAUUUCAGAAGAACGAAGACUGGGAUGGCCCUUCUAGUGAUGCCAAUGAGGAGUCCACCCCUGUGAACUCUGCUACUAGUACCCCACAGCUGACACCCACCAACAGCCUCAAACGCAGCGGCUCCCACCACAAGCGAUGUGAGGUUGCAUUGCUUAGCUGUGGAGCAGUGCUGGCUGCUGCAGGCCUGGGUUUUGAUCUGUUAGAAGCAGGGAAGUGUCAGCUGCUGAUUGAGGAGGAGCCAGAGGUGCCCAAGGAGGAGAAGAAGAAACGUGACAGCAUCUUCCAGCGAGCUGGACGCCCACGCAGGAGCACUAGUCCACCUUCACGAAAGAUCUUCAAGAAAGAGGAUCCCAUGUUGUUGCUAGGCGAGCCAUCCACAUCCCUCACCCUUCUUUCCCUGUCUUCCAUUUCCGAAUGUAAUUCCACCCGGUCCCUGCUGCGCUCAGACAGUGAUGAGAUUGUGGUGUAUGAAAUGCCUGUCAGCCCAGUGACAGUCAAGGCUCCCUUGCCAGCCAUUACCAACCCACUAGUCAAUGUCCAGAUCGAGAGGUUCAAACAAGACCCCAAUCAGUCCCUGACUCCCACACAUGUGACAGUCUCUUCCCACACCCAGCAAAGCGGGCACAGGCGCACACCUUCUGAUGGGGCCAUCAAAGGGAGUGGACUAGUUGUCAAUGGGUGCCCAACCAGUGGAUGCCCUUCCAGUAGCUGUUUAACUGGAGCACUGGGAGCAGGUGUGUUAAAAACACCUAGUCCAAGUAGAGAUCCCAAUGAGGUCCCUCGCCUGCCAGACCCCAACCUUGUUUUUCCUCCAACCCCGAGACGAUGGAAUGCACAGCAGGACUCCACACUGGAAAGACCCAAGACAUUGGAGUUCCUGCCCCGGCCACGUCCUGCAGCCAGUCGGCAGCGGCUUGAUCCCUGGUGGUUUGUGUCACCCAGCAAUGCCAAGGGUGAAUCUUCUGCCAACAGUUCAAGUACUGAUACUCCAAGCAAUCUGGACUCUUGUUUUGCUAGUAGCAGCAGCACUGUAGAAGAGAGACCUGGACUGCCUGCACUGCUUCCUUUCCAGGUGGGUCUUCCUGUAGAGGAGCGGACACUGUUGGACAUAGAUGCUGAGGGGCAGAGCCAGGACAGCACCAUUCCGCUAUGCAGAAGUGAACUUAACACACACAAAGCUGCAGCAUAUGAACUCAAGCAAGAAUUCUGGUCUUAG